AAAGCCAAUGUUUUUCUCAUAGUUAUCCAUUGGGAGUUUCAAGAACCUUCCACGACAAUCCCUCUUCUUUCCUUCCUCCUCCUCUUUUCUUCCAAUUAUUCUCCAUUUCCACUCUUUCCCCACUGUUUCCUCUUUAAAAAUCUCUUUCCCCUUUGUCUUGUCCCCCCAAAAUUCCAUCCUCUGUUAACAAUUUUUCCCUUUUUUCUCUGUAACCUUCCAUUUUCUCCAACCACAUCUCGCCACGCCCAUCUUACACCGCACCCCACUUCACACAACCAUCUACCUCAUCAUUCGCAUUGACUCGAUUGAAAUCUUUCGAUUUCAAGUCACCCCUUUUUUCCCAUUCUUGAAUCCGUCUUAUAAUCCCAGAGAAAGAGCAAAACUAGCCAAAACCCACUUCUGAAUUGGAUCUUUCUUCUUUGUUUUCCCAUCUCAUUGAUUUGUUUCUCUCUCUCGAUUUUGUCCCUUGGAUUGAAUUCGUACGUGUUCCCGUACAGCGAUAAAGUCCUGUUAAUCCAAUUCAACGAGUUUUUGUUGACAGAAAUCCAGGAUCCUCGGUGUUGGGACUGAAGGAACACACUCAAUUUUUCACUCUGUGGUGGAAGUUCUUCUGCGAUUUUAAGGAAUCAUGUUGGUUAUGAAUGUGAUGAGCUCUAAGAGACAAAGGCGUCCAAAUGUUAGGCUAGGGGAAAUUGGGGACAUAUCUGCAGCUUGGGCUUGUGGGUUUUCUCACAGCACUAGAGAAAAGUUAGCUCAUAAGGAAUGGAAACAUGAAUUAGAUCAAUCUGUGGAUAAUGAAGACAACCCCAUUGUUUUUGGAGAAUUGGAACCAUCAUCUCCCAAGCUUACAGUCUCUGAACUGGGUGUCUCUCCACAAAUUUCAACAGAGUUGCAGCUGAAUGAAGAGAACAAAAAUAACCCCAAUUUUUCAGAAUUGCCUUUGGAAUGUCCGAUUUCAACUGAGUUAAUUGAUAUGACCAAAUCUAGCCUGAAGUUUAGCGAUGUGACUAGGAAAUGUAGAGAUAAGAAGCGUCGGGGACGUAGUAAAAAUGUUGGCUAUGCCAUUCUUCCUGGUAGUUGGAGUUCGAAACAUAGCUCGGAUGGCUACUCAAUAGAUGAGAAAGAAUGUGAAGGGACAGGUAAUUCUGCUAAUGGUUUUGGUGACUCCUCUGAUCAUCAGACACCAACCACCAGUAAAGAGGAAUGCGGCAUUGAUCAACCGACACGUCAAGAGCGUGAGUUAAACAAUGCUGCACGAUUCACUAGCGAGAAGGCUCGGCGUAAAUCUGGUAACGUGCUGGUUAAGAUGAGAUUAGAAGACAAUGAUACUAAUGUUGUUAGUAGAUGGUUGGAGGAGGUUGGAUUUGGCAAGUAUGCUGGUGUGUUUGAGAUUCACGAGGUGGAUGAGGAAGCUUUACCAUUGCUGACCAUUGAAGAUCUUAAAGAGAUCGGUGUAUUCUCUGUCGGGUCUCGGAGGAAGUUGUACAAUGCAAUCCAACAGUUAAGAGGAGGAGAGGAGGAAGAGGAAGAGGAAGAAGAAGAAGAAGCUGUCUGAAAGGUUAGAAAGCGAAAUGUGCAGAGAAUCAUCAGCGCCCGUUUACAUAUUUCUCUUUUGCUUGUGCAGGAAAUGGCCAUGGAUGUACAUAAACCUCUAACAUGUUUUGUGUUGGUUACAUGUCUAAAAACACCAGAACUUCCUUUUGGCAGUAAAUUUGGUGACUUCUUUUUGAAGACAAAAUGUGUUUUUAGAACCAUGAGAUGAAGAUGAGAUACUUGUGUUCUUCAUUUGGUUGGUGUAACUUACUGCUAUUGAGUUAAACUAGCAAUGUUCCUGU